AGUGUCCAAAAAAUAUUGAUAUGGAAUAACAGCAACGAAAGAAAGAAAGAAAACAUCUUCUGAAGAUCGUUUCACCAUCGAUCUUCCCUUUUUGGUUUAUUUAUUUAUCGAUCUCAAAUUCCAAACAAACAAAUCCAAAAACAAUGAUGAUGAGCAACCAAUCAGCCAAUGAUGAUGAUUGUCCAACGUUGAAUGAUGUUAACGAAAUACUCAAUGAUUCAUCAUCGAAUGAGCCACCACCAAAAGACCAAAAAUCUUCAAUGAAUGCACCAGAAUUAUUGCUUGCUGAAAAAGUAGAAAAAUUAUCCAUUGAUAAUAAUCAACUUAAACAUAAUAAUGAAGAAUUAUUGAAUAAAAUUAAUGAAUUUGAACGAACUGUACAGAAUUUUCGACAAAAAUCUUUAACAACAAAUCGUCAAAUUGAACAAUUAAAAUCCGAAUUACAAUCAAUGGUUAUAAAAUAUGCAACAUCAGAAAAAGAUGUUUUAGAUUUGAAAAAACGUUCAGAUGAUUUAGAAAGAAAAUAUCGUGAUCAAUUAAAAGAACGUGAUCAAUUGCAAUCAAAAUUGAAGGAAUUAAAUCAGGAUAAAAAACAAUUAAUGCAAUCACUUGAACGACAGAUUUUGGAAUCAGCAUCAUUACGUAAUCGAAAUGAAAUUUUGGUGAAUAAAUUAGAACAAGCACAAGUACAACAACAACGUUUACAACUUUCAUUUGAUGAUAUUAAUAAUAAAUAUCAAUCAUCAUCAUUACAAUUGAAAGAAAUUGAAUCAGCUUUACAAACAUUAAAUCUGGUUGAUAAUGAUGAUGAUGAUAAUGUUGAUGGUGGUGACCAUCAAUCAUCACCGGAUGAUAAUGGAUUGAAUAAUGAUGAUGAACCAGAAACGAAAAAACAACCAAACAAAUGGAUCGAUGUUUAUCUAAAAUGUACAAAAUCCAAUCAUAAAUUAAACGAAAAAAUUAUUGAACUUGAAAAACAAAUCGCCGAUUAUCGUUUAGAAAUCGAACAACUUAAUGAAAAACUUACCAAAUCUUUUGAUCAGCUUGAAAAUCAUCAAAAAAAUAUUGAUUUAAUUGAAUCAUUAAAACAAGAAUUAAUUAAACAACAAAUGGUUAUUGAAGAUUUGAAAGGAAAAUUUGAUCAAGUUAGUGAAAUGAAUCAUGAAUUAUUGAAUGAAAUAAAUUCAAGUAAACAUAAAGAAAGUGAAUUACUUGAAUAUACUGAACGUUUAACAGCUAAAAUGGUUACAUUACAAUGUGAACAUAAUUGUUUUCAAGAAAAAAAUCGUCAAUUACAAUCAGAAUCCGAACAAUAUCAUUGUGAUUAUGAUCGAAUCGUAACGGAACGUAAUGAAUUACAACAUCGAUUACAAUCGAUUAUUGAUCAACAAUCGACGCAAAUCGAACAAUUAGAUGCGCAAAUCGAAUCGAAAAAUAAGAAUGCGGAAAUGUUGAAUAAACAAAUUGAAGAACUUGAAAAUAAUAUCAAUAUUAUGAAACGUAAACAUAUUUUAAAUCUUAAAGAAUUGAAUAAAGAAAUUCAACAAUUAAGAAGAAAUCAACAACAAUUGAAAGAACCAAAAAUGCUUGAUGCUCCAUCAACAUCGAAUAAGAUGAUGAUGAGUGAAACAAAUUCAUCGAGCUUAUCAUCGCGUACAAAUUCAUUAAAUUCAUUGAAUGAAAUGAUUGAUUCGCGACAACAACCGAAUAAUAAUGAUAAUGAUACAAAUAGCAAUAGUGAUCGAUUAUCAAUCGAUACAUCUCAAUCAUCAUCAUCGACGACCACAACCACGACGACUACAACUACAAACACAGAAUUAACAUCAUUAAAUGAUAUCGAUAGAAAUACAUUAAUCGAAAGAAUUCUUCGUUUACAACGACAAUUAAUUAAACGUAAUGAAAAAAUUGAUUUUCUUGAAGAACAUAAUGGACAAUUGAUUGAUGAAAUGAAAAAAAAAUCCAAAUUAUUACAAUAUUAUAUUUUGAAAGAAGAAACUGGUGCAUUGGCUACCGAAUCAAUGGAUAAAAAUAAGGCUUAUAUUUCUAAACGUGGUGGUGGUAUUAUGUCAUCAUUAUAUAAUUCAUCAUUAACAGAUGAUACAAUGACAUUAGAACGAUCAUUAGAGAUUAAUAAUAAAUUACAUGCCAUACUUGAAGAUACAUUAUUAAAAAAUAUGACAUUAAAGGAAAAUCUCAAUACAUUGGCAUUGGAAAUUGAUCGUUUAACCAAAUUACAACAACACCAGCAACAAUAAUUAUUGAUUAAUGUGAUAUUCGAUAAUAGUAAAGCCAAAUGUAGCCAAUUUUUUUGUUAAUAUUUUACAUUGAAUCUGUAUGGUUGGUGGCCAUUAUUGUAAAUGAUGAAUUUUGAUGAUUAGGAUGAAGAAAAAUUCUAUCGGAAUUUGUA